AAAGGGGAAAAAAAAAGAAAGCAGAGCGGCGGCGGCCGAAAAAUGGCGGAAAAUUUAAAAGAGUGCCGGGUGUGCUGCCUGUCCCCCUGGGAGCAGCUGCAGGACCUGUGCCGGCUGCAGCGGCUCCGGUGCCGCGCCCUGGGCGUCACCCGCCGCAACCUGGCCGACUUCGAGGUGGAGCUGCUGUGCAACUACCGCCGAGUCCGGGACGAGGAGUUCUACCUGGUGAAGUGGCAGGGCUACCCAGGACCCCUCUAACCCCCCUGUUUAUCCCCCCAGGACGAGGACACGUGGGAGCCGCGGCGGAACCUGCGGUGCCGGGGGCUGCUCCGGCAGCUCCACGCGGACCUGGCGCGGGCCCCGGGGGGCCCGGUGCGGGCGGGGCCGCGGGGGUUGCCCCCGCGGGCGCUGCGGUUCCUGGCGCGCAAGGCGGAGCAGCGGCGGGCCCUGCGGCGCUGGGAGCGCCUCCUCAACCGCCGGCGCGGCCACCGCGGCCGCAUCGCCGUGGAGAACGACGUGGACCUGCACGGCCCGCCCCCAGACUUCGUCUACGGCAACGACUACAAGGUGGGCGCAGGGGUGUCCCUGUCCCCCGUGGCCGUGGGCUGCGAGUGCCAGGACUGCCUGGCGGAGGCGGUGGCGGGCGGGGGCUGCUGCCCCGGCGCCUCCCGCAACCGCUUCGCCUACAACGAGGCGGGGCAGGUGCGGAUCCGCGCCGGGCUGCCCAUCUACGAGUGCAACUCGCGCUGCCGCUGCGGCGCCGACUGCCCCAACCGCGUGGUGCAGCGCGGCAUCCGCUACGACCUGUGCAUCUUCCGCACCGCCGACGGCCGCGGCUGGGGCGUGCGCACCCUGCAGCGCAUCCGCAAGAACUCCUUCGUCAUGGAGUACGUGGGAGAGAUCAUCACCUCGGAGGAGGCGGAGCGCCGGGGACAGGUGUACGACCGCCAGGGUGCCACGUACCUGUUCGACCUGGACUACGUGGAGGACGUUUACACCGUGGACGCCGCCCACUACGGGAACAUCUCCCACUUCGUCAACCACAGCUGCGACCCCAACCUGCAGGUUUACAACGUGUUCAUCGAGAACCUGGACCAGCGGCUGCCCCGCAUCGCCCUGUUCGCCACGCGGCCCAUCCGCGCCGGGGAGGAGCUCACCUUCGACUACAACAUGCACGUGGACCCGGUGGACGCCGAGAGCACCCGCGAUGGACUCCAACUUCGGGGCUGGUGGGGGUCCCUGGGGGCUCCCCGCGCCCGGCGCCGCAUCGAGUGCAAGUGCGGGGCGGCCUCGUGCCGCAAGUACCUGUUCUGA